UUACCGUACACGAACACUACGACAAUGGAGGGCCAGCCUAAAGCGGUUAUUCCCCUUAACCCAAGUUUCCCAUCUCCCUCAACGGUUAUAGCUUUACCGCUAUCGGAAAGGCCUCUUGGCAUUGGUUUUGUGUCGCAAAUCUCCGUCCACGAUUCUAAGUUACUCGCAGCUUUAGCGGAGAAGACAUAUGUCGGAGCUUUUCUUUUGAGGGAUGACACUAAUCUAUCAUCAGAGACUAACAUCAAUGAGCUGAAAGGAAGAUAUUUACUUAACCAGCUUCAUAAAAUUGGCUUACUUGCUUAUAUAUCAAGUAUUCAAGGUCAUAGAGUUAUCCUCACUGGUCUCAUGCGAAUUCGAAUAUCCUAUAUGGUGUGCGAAGAUCCUCUGACCGUUCAAGUUAAUUAUCUUGAGGCCAAACCAUACGACCUGAACAAUGAUGUCACGAGGGCAACAUUCUUUCAUGUUUCUUCAAUGCUUAUGAAUGUUCAUAAGACCAGCCCAAUUUGGAGAAACCAUGUUCAGCAUAUAGGUCAUAACUUCAGUUAUUCAUAUGUUGCUGAUUUUGGAGCCCUGAUACACUGUGCUAGAGAACAUCAAGCUCAACAAGUUGACCAGAUUGCAUUUGAAGUAAUAGGAGAAGGAGCAUCUGUUGAAGAGCUUGCUGUUGCUUUUGAAGUUGAAUCCCGAGAGAACCCUAAUGAAAAUCAUUCAAUAAAAUCAAAAGUUCAUUUGACCAAUGAUCAAGAGGUUCAAACUGAUGAAUACAACCUUGCAAGUUAUGGUGUCAUGCAGUAUUGGUAUUGGCAGACACCGAUUGGGGUUGCUAUGGCUCUUUCUUGGACAUCAAGAGGUGGCUUAACAUCUUACAUGGAGACAUCCUUUGUUGAGCAAGGUGAAGCCAUAGGAUGCCUCUAUGUAAUGGGUCAGGUUGGGGAAGAGACGCACAGUACCGCUUGUACUGCUUACAAAGUAGCCCAUCAAAUCCUGCUCAAGAAGCAACCUGAGAACAAUUUCUUUGCGAAUUCCAUGCUUUGCCUACAUUUGCCUAGAGUUAACGAUGCAAGCACAGUCUGCACCAUGAUCACAUCCUUAUUAUCACUUGCCAUGAAGAAAGCUGUGAGGAGGGAUCUAGCAAUGAGUGGGAAAGUCACUCUAACUGGAAACAUUCUUGGAAUUGGCCGUGUGAAAGAGAAGACGAUAAGUGCAAGAAAAAAUCGAGUGAAGACUAUAAUAUUCCCGGAAGCAAACCGGAGAGACUUUGAUGAGCUCCCGAACAAUUUGAAAGAAGGGCUUGAUGUUCAUUUUUUUGAUGAAUAUGAUCAGAUAUUUGAGCUAGCGUUCAACUCUGACCAUUAGAAGAAAUUUUUUUAACAAGUCUUUGAGUUGGGGUUUUCCUCUGUUUCCGUUUUCCUCUAAUGUAUCUUGGCUAUAAAACAACCUCCAUGCACAGUCAUCAAACAAACGAAACAAAGCUAAGAGCCGAAGACGAAGACCAAUACUAAAACAUAAAGAAAAAUCCCACCAAAGAUUGUGUGACUCAAUAAACGAGACUCUUUCAAGGACACUAACACAUUCCACGCAUCUUCUCUCUUUUCUGCAUUUCUAUCUCACAUACUGUUGCCAUCAUUGUCUUCAGCAAUUGAAGUCAUGUGCGUUCCAUCGUCAUGCCAGAAAUGUCUGCGUAUCUGGCCGUCGUUCUCUGUGUUUAAAUCUUGUUCAAAGACGAGAGAUUCUGGUAGAGUCGGGAAACCCACUUUGAGGAGUUCUUUCCAAAAGUUAUCACCUGACACAAGCUUGCUCAUCAUCUCUUGCAAAACUCCAGAAGGA